UCCUAUUACUAGUGUCAACCGUCGUUCCGUGCUUAAUAAUGGUAACUAAAUACACAAUAGAGAAUAUAGAAAUGAGAAUACAGAUUGAAUAAAUGAAAAAUGUUUUGAAAAAGUGAUUUAACGUAUAGCAAAAUGAUUUAUUCAGUUUACAGAGUGCAGAGCAAAUAGAAAAUGAUGGAAGUCCAUGAAAGAGGAAAAUACUGAAUCCUAACGACUGAGAAAGGUUAUGUUUCUGUUGAAAAGAUGAAUCAUCUAGUUCUUCUAACUUAUAUUCAACUUCUUCUUAUUAGUACUGGUGUAGUAUUAGUAAGCUCGGAUGGUGGUCUAUAUUCGGCUGGUUUAGCUACAACUAACCCUAGAGAUCCUGAUGAGAACCUGGUUCAUGAUAGAUAUUCAAGAUCGACUACUCCGACCUAUGGACCCCCGCAUUCUGUCGAGGAGUUUCCAGUCCACGACACGAACAGAUGUAAACCUAACUCCACCUACGUCUGGUGUCUUCCAGCAGAUUACAACCAGGAGAAGCAUCCUUUCUCAUAUUUCUACAUGGUGAAUAAAUCUCUCCCUUGGGAUUAUGAAUUCAGAUUCGUCAUUGAAGAGAUUAGUAAUAUCAAUGAUAAGUCACAGACAAUGUCGGUAUCGAUGUACUUUGCUGUUUCCUGGCUAGAACCAAGGCUACAGAUUAAUGAAUCUGCUCCAGAGUGGUCAGAGGACAGAACAGGACCCCCAGAUCAAGUAAAUGAGUCUCCUGAAAGUCUAAAAUAUAUCUGGUAUCCUGAACUUGAAAUCUAUGGACUCGAGAUAUUUGGAAGGCAGCGAGUUCUAAAGGAAAUGUCUGGAGUUCGAAUUAGAAAAAAUAAAACUAUAAAUUAUGAGCUCGG